GCGGACAUUCUCGUUCAGGAAAUGUUAACCCUCGCCGGAAUCAUCAUCAGACUGCAAUUCCGAUGGGAACUCGAGCGGUGUACGAGGAGAAGCUGAGGAGCGGAAAUCUCCACCACGAUCCCACUAUCAACCCCGGCCUCGGUUCCCCUCGUUGUCCCCGUUGCCUCUCUCUUGGACCUCGAUUCUGUAACUCCUCAAUCUCUGCGUUUGCAAAUAAUAAAUCGCACUGAUUCUGACUUCUGUUUGGUUCCCAGGGAAAGGGUGAAUGGAGUAUCACGUCUGUAUUGCACGACGCCACUGCAGUGGCUGGCUCUGGCAUUGGUGGAAUGCUUAGUGCAGUUCACGGUUUCAACACAGGGAUCCCUUUUCUUCAAAGUUGCAUGAAGGGACCAAAGUGGCUUCCAUUUGUAACUGGGAUUCCUUUGCUGCUGAUGUUUUCUGGAGCAAGUGCAGCACUUGGAGGUUAUGUACUUCCAAAGUUUACUCAGCUUACCGUGACUUCAUAUUACGCUGCUUCAAGUGCCUCACAUUAUGGGAUUUCUCUGCUCACACGACACAUUGAAGGGACUCACAUUUCCCGAAGUCAGCAAGAUAGGCUAAGAUGACUUCUCAUGGUUACACAUACUGAAGUGUCUACUCUUGUGUUCUGUGUAGCUAGAAGAUAUUCAAGAGGAAAAUAACUUACAUAAAGGCACAAACCAGCUGGGUCAUGUAGCAGUUGAUCUCUCCAGGUUCUAUGCUUUGCCCCAAUUUCAUUAGUUUUAGUUGUGUGAGCAUAUUAAAUGUAAUUAAGGACUAUCUAAGGUGCAGUAAUUUACCAAUAUUCUUGUGUUAGGUUUGAGUAUUUUCUUUUAUAAAAAUCAACAGUCCUCCUUGAUUAAUAUAAGAAGAUGGAGUAC